CGCAUAACAGGUAGCAUUUAGUGUUAUGUUCCCGUCUUCCAGAGAUCGCCUUGACGUUUGGCAGACGGGCUCAAAUGGUUUUGUACAAAAUGCAUUUGCCAAGCAUCUCACUUUAUAAAUAAGAGUAGCAUUAGCACUUAAAUGUUUUUUCUGACUAUGGCAUUAUUGUACUUUAUCUGGUUUGCAGAGCGCUGUUGCUUUGUCUUUCCUCUCCAGGCUCCUAUACAGUUCUGCACGCCCCGCUGGGCACAUUGAGACCACAUUUGCAUAUGAAUAAAAGUAAAUUUUCUGCAUUUCGGAAAUACACAGAAUACUAAGACGGAACUCAUCCAGGAUAAUGAAAAUUUUGCUACUGAAAGACCCCAAAAGUGGUGACCCAGCCACAGACCCUUAUGUCCAGGAGAUGUCAUCACGUGGAUAUGAGGCCGGCCUGAUCCCAGUGUUAUCCUUCACAUUUGUGUCCCUGGAGCAUCUCUAUGACAAGCUGUCUCAUCCUGAAAAUUACGAGGGUCUCAUUUUCACCAGUCCGAGGGCAGUGGAAGCUGUCAAAUUAUGUUUGAAAAAUAAUAAAGAAGCUUGGGAACAUUCCCUGAAAGACAAGUGGAACAGAAAAUGCAUCUACGUGGUGGGGAAAGCUACUGCUGCCCUGGUGGAUGACCUCGGCCUUUCUUCCGAAGGGGAAGCGUCUGGUAAUGCGGAGAAGCUUGCUGACCUCAUAUGCUCAAAGACAAUCUCUUACUCUGCCCCCAUCCUGUUUCCAUGUGGCUCCUUAAAAAGGGAAGUUCUACCGAAAAGACUUAAGGAAAAAAAUGUACCUCUGGAGAGCCUUACAGUUUAUCAGACGGCCCAGCAUCCCGAUAUACGAUCCUCUCUGACAGAUUAUUUCACCAAGGAAGGUGUCCCGGGAAGCAUCGUGUUUUUCAGCCCAUCGGGAGUGAAGUUUUGCCUCAGAUUUAUCCAGGAGCUAUCAAAUGAUAGAAUAAAGGAAAUUAAGUUUGCUUCAAUUGGUCCAACUACUUCUGAGGCAAUGGUGGCGGAAGGACUUGCUGUUAGCUGCACGGCGCAAAACCCUACGCCCCAGGACCUGGCGGAAGGACUACAGAGAAUUCACAGGCAAUAAAAUGCAUUCGGGACUGGCUGAUAAUCACAAAAUAUGAUUUUUUUUUUUUCCCUCCCAUAUAAGAGAAAAAUAUGUUACCCCAAAAUCUAUUUAAAAUACCUCACAUCGUGUUAUAGGAUUUCUCCAAUUACACCCCCAUUAAAAUAUUAUGUGACAAGUGGUAUUAGGACAUAAGGAAAGACUCCAGAAAUGUUAAGGCUUCCCAAAAAGUACAUUGCACGCACUAAUUGAGCCUCUCCGACCCCCUAACUUAUAAGUGGCGCAGAAAUGCCGAUGGUGUGCAUAGACGUAAAGUGUUUAAAAUGUGAAAAAGUUAAAUAAAUAAAAGAUCUUUAUUUUCCAAGGGGGGACUUUUGUCUUUUCUUUUAGCUUCUUUCUUGAGGUUGUCUAACCUUCCACUAUUUUUAAACCUGUUGCUGCUGGAACAUGUGCCAUAAAAACAAUCAUACAACUUAAAACGUAUAAACUAAAGCCAGUCUCGAAUAUGUGCAUAUUCCCAAAAAUAAAGGAGAGUAAAUUCACGCAGAACAUAAAACUUGCGCUGCCGGACCAGACCAAAAACCUACAGCAAAACCCAUGAAUUAUUCUGUGGAUUUUAUGUGUGGAUUUUGCUUCAGUUUUGGCCGGGGAUUUCAUCCACAGCAAUGCAAUGGACGAGAGCCAAGCCCAAAAUCAACGUCUAGGACAAGCAGCAGAUUUGAAACUCCGGAGCGUGCUUGGGCUACACUGAUUAUUUCUAUUUAUUUUUGCAUGCAGUUUUUAAAUGGGGUUUGUUAAAUCCCUGUUCACUUGUGUCGUACAUUACUUUGUUGCAAAAUUGGAUUGCGCGUUCCUCAGUGAAAGCUCAGCAGAAGCCCAAGGGCCCAUUCACAGAUCCAGCGCCGGCAGCCAGGUGGGUGGGGUGUGCCUCCCAUAAGCGCUACAGGUCAUGCAGCCUUGACCACACUAAGAAGGGACAUGUCUCGCCACGAGCAGGUCCUAAAGUGAGCAACCAUGACAGAAACUGCCAUGUGAAUGGGCAAAUAGAGUACUUAUAUACCUACUGUAUAGACUGCAUACAUUGAGAUUGAUUGACUAGAUCCUUAUAUGAUAUCCUAAGGCCAUGCUUACACGUUGGAUAUGAAUUUAUUAUCUGGUGCAUUUUCCUUUACAAUUGAAAAAGCUAAGCUGAUGCGUGCCGACCCAUCACACUUUUGGUCUCCUUCGGGUGAAUGCCUACAUUUUGCCGUGUAUACCAGUGGCAUAUGUGUCAGGCGUAGAGCUUAGACAAAGACGUUGUGGACUCAGACCCUCUAUCUAGACCUGCACCAGAUUUAUCCCAGGGGCUCAGGCUGGAUGAUAAAUUUGGCACAGGGAUGGACAACUUUAUCUAACCCUGUACUCUUACUUUGAGAGAGAAUUUCAUGCCAGAAUUGUGGCGC